AUAUUUGUCUCUUCUUCUUCCUCGCGACAUCCGCUCUCUUUCUUUCUCUCUCACACACACAAACACACAGUCACACACGAACAGCAUGUCAGAUGGUGGUAGGACUCCGAGCAUAGGCAGCUCACUGCAUAGGUUAUCUAAGAAGAUUCUAAACCAACUGUUUCACUCUCACAACAAAGAAGAAGCGAAUAUCAUCAAGCAGCGGAAGAAGAAAAGGAAAUCGAGAAACCGUUUCUUCGAUUCUUCUUCUAGAUCUCCUUUCUCCUCCAUGGAAAUCUCCCAUCAACUUAAACAAGUUUUCAAAUUCUUCGACGCAAACGGAGACGGCAAAAUCUCACCAGCCGAACUCCUUGAAGCUGUGUUGAACAUCAUCGGAGAGCAGAAAUCAACAGCCGAAGAAGAUGCAAUUGGAAUAUUCAAACAAGUGGAUCGAAACGGAGACGGAUCUAUCGAUUUGGACGAGUUCAUGAGUGCGGUGGUGGUGGUGGCGAAAUCUAAUAAUGAGGAAGAGGAGGAAAUCCUUGUGGAUGCGUUUCUGGUGUUCGAUGAAGACGAAGACGGUUAUAUAUCGGCAGGUGAACUUAGGAAGGUAUUGGAGAGGCUAGGGUUUGAGGAAUGCGGGAUGAAGGAAUGUAAGAAGAUGAUACGAAGUGUUGAUAAAGAUGGAGAUGGAUUCGUUGAUUUCCAUGAAUUCAAAUCCAUGAUGAUGAUCAUGUCUACUUCUUCUUCUGUUUGAUUGAUUCAUUGAAUUGAGCCAACUCUUCUUCUUCUUCAUCACCAUCUUCUUCUUUCUUCCAUAGAUGUCUGAUAGUUACAGUUACAGGUUCAGAUUGAGAAUGAGUAUUUUCAUGACUGUAAAUAUUUUUGUGAGGAAUUAUUUGUUUUUUAAUGUUAAAUAAUUUUAUGU